UUGGCAGGUUUUAGUGACGAAUUUCUUUGUUUAUUUUUUUCAUAUUUGCUCUGCAUAUUUGAUGUUUGAUUUGUUAAGAAAAGUGUUUUCAGUAAAAUUUUGGAUAUUUUCUAUCCACAAUCAAAAGCAGCUUUUAAAACUAUAAUAUAAUCAUAAAAGAAAUCGGAAGACACUGAAAACAUAAUGUUGGCUUCUACUGAAGGUUCAACAAAUACUGCAGACCAAACACCCUUUAUGAGAAGUGGUACUUCUGUAAUGAGAAAAAUAUCAGGAAUAUUUAAUAAAAGCCAAUCUUUCAAUAAUGAAAGCGAUCUUGCUUAUGUAGAAUUGGGUAGUCUUUCAGAAGAAUCAGUUACAAGAACUUUGGGAUCAUUUGCUGGAGUUUUUGCACCAGUUAGCCUUUCUAUGUUUUCAGCUUUAAUAUUUCUUCGUAUGGGUUAUAUUGUGGGAAAUGCUGGGUUAUUAGUAACACUGGCUCAAUUUGCUAUAGCGUAUAUAAUCCUAAUUUUUACUGUAAGUUCAGUAUGUGCAAUUUCAACAAAUGGAGCUGUUGAAGGAGGUGGGCCAUAUUUUAUGAUAAGUAGAACGUUAGGACCUGAAUUUGGUGGUUCCAUAGGGAGUCUUUUUUUCUUUGCUAAUAUUGUUAGCAGCGCGCUUUGUAUUUCUGGAUGCGUUGAAGGAUUGGUAGAAAAUUUUGGACCUUCAGGCUAUUUUAUUAAAGGUGUAAUUCCUGGAGGCAGAUGGUGGGAAUUUUUAUACUGUAGUCUAUUAAAUAUAUUAAAUUUAAUAAUAUGUCUAAUAGGAGCCGCAAUGUUUGCUAAAACUACAGUUUUUGUACUAAGUAUUGUUUGUAUGGCUUUACUUAUUGCAUUUUUCAGUUUUUUAUAUCAAGGAGAAAUUCAGGUGCCGAUACCAGACUCAAAUACGUUAAUACAAAAUGCUACGUAUCACGUCAAUGAGACGUACACUGGAUUGCUUUUAGAUACUUUGAAGAGCAAUCUAUUUCCCGAUUAUGGUAAAGAUUACACUGCUAGGGGAGAAGCGGUCACAUUUUCCACAGUGUUUGGUGUACUUUUUUCUGGUGUAACAGGAAUUAUGGCUGGAGCAAAUUUGAGCGGUGAACUAAAAAAUCCCGAAAAAUCGAUUCCAAGGGGAACGUUAUCUGCAGUGGCUUUUACAUUCAUUAUUUAUUUGGCAAUGUCAUUCUUGGUUGCUUUGACAAGUUCCUCGUCAUUGCUAAAAAAUAAUUACUUAUUUCUAGCCGGAGUAAGUGUUCUUCCAGCUAGCGUGGCUAUUGGUCUGUUUACUGCCACUUGGUCUGCUGCACUUAGCAAUGUUAUUGGUGGAUCAAGAGUGUUAGAAGCUUUAGCAAAGGACAGAAUUUUUGGCUCGCUAUUAGAUUUUAUUCCAAAGGGAACAUGGAAAAACAAUCCAGUAACAGCAGUUCUGUUAUCUUCGCUUUUAGUACAAUUAGUUUUAUUAAUCGGCUCACUGAACGUAAUUGCUCAGCUAAAUUCUGUUUUAUUUUUAUUGAGCUAUUUGGCCACUAAUCUCGCAUGUCUAGGAUUGGAAUUAGCUGGGGCACCGAAUUUUAGGCCAACAUAUGCUUACUUCUCAUGGUACACAGCUUUAAUAGGACUUCUUGGAACUCUUACUAUGAUGUUUGUUGUAAAUCCAAUUUAUGCAGCAUGCAGUAUCCUCUUAUGUUUGUUAUUAGUGAUAUUUUUACAUUUAUUAUUUCCAUCUAAAGAGGCAGAUUGGGGCAGUAUAUCUCAAGCAUUAAUAUUUCAUCAAGUUAGAAAAUAUUUGCUACUAUUGGACUCUCGCAAAGAUCACGUAAAAUUUUGGCGACCACAAAUACUACUAUUAGUGAACAAUCCUCGAACUGCGUGUCCUUUAAUAGAUUUCAUUAAUGAUCUGAAGAAAGGAGGUCUGUAUGUAUUGGGACACGUUGUUAAAGGAGAAAAUGUAGACGAAUCUGAUCCUGCCUGUGACAUGAAUUUGCCUUGGCUAAAUUUAAUUGACCAUCUUAAAAUAAAAGCCUUUGUCGAGAUUACUGUUUCGAAAACAAUAAGAGAGGGUCUUCAACAUUUAAUAAGAUUAAGUGGAAUGGGAGCCAUGAAACCAAAUACUGUAAUAUUUGGGUUUUUAGAUCAAGAUAAUAGUAUAGACUUCCUUGGAAGUGAAGGUUCAACUUAUCAAAACCAAGAGCUCAACGAAGAUAUUUUUCCGUUAAUAGAGACUAAUAAACUUGAUAUUGUGGAAUAUGUACAGAUGAUGAGAGACGUACUAAAACUAAAUAAGAAUUUGUGUCUUUGUAGGAAUUUUGCUAAACUAAAAAAAGAUCCUAAAAUUGUUAAGUCCAAAUUAUAUAUUGAUGUAUGGUCAAUAAAUCUUCUUAACCCAGGAGAACUUGAUGCUUUUGACAUCACCUCUCUCUUUAUGAUGCAGUUGGCUUGUAUUGUCAAUAUGGUGCCACUUUGGAGUAAGCUGAAGUUGCGAAUAUUUACAUGCAAUAAGACUAGUUCAAGCCAUUUUGCCCCAAAUUCAACAACUCAGAGCUAUGUUGAAAAGUUAGAGACGAUGUUAAAAAAGUUAAGAAUUGUAGCAGACAUUGUGACCAGCAAUGAAUUAGAAAAUUUAAUUGAAACUGGUGGAUCCAAUAUGGGCACUUAUGUAGACAGGGUUAACAGUUUAAUUUUACAACAAACAGAAGAUACUGCACUAACUUUUAUAUACUUACCGUCACCGCAAUCACAAGAAGCCUAUUCGACAUAUUUCAAUAAUUUAGAGGUUUUAUCACGAAACUUACCACCAACUAUAUUUGUACAUGGAGUCAAUACCGUAACAUCGACUACUUUAUAGUCGACAUUAAUUAUUUCUAACAUAUAACCCUUAUUAGUAUUUAAAUUGUGAUUAUUUUUAUAUAUCUGUAUAUUAGUUAAUAUAUUCUAAAAAAUAA